GAUGUCAUAAAUGUCUAAUCAGAGAAGAGUGUAGGAGGUUUCAUUUGAAACAAUCCAAAACGUUCUACACUACAGUUUGCAAAGUCUGAAUUGACUAGCGGCGGCCACCGCACAAGCGAAGGAUGCUCUAAGUAGAUUCUGGGAGAGGAAGAGAAAAAAACAUUAAUUUCACAAAGGCCGUCAACCCGUUCAGGAAAGCAAGCUGCAGCUGCAUCUGUUUGGCUAUGCAAACGAGGUAGCUUGGAAGGAAUAUGCAGGGAAACUAGUCGGCAGGCUAAAAAGAAUAAACCGUUAUGAAAGUCUUGGUAGGAAACGUGUCUGGGGCAUGCUUAGGUGGUAUCCAGGAUAUAUUGCAUUGUCAGUUCCACCUUCUCCGCUGUUUUGCAUUGAACAGUUAUUAUGGUCACUUUGCAUUAAGGUUUGUUGCACUGAUCUAUACAGAAGUGGAAUGUGCUGUUAUGAGAACAUGAAGAGAAUUCUACAGUCUGGACAUUCAUUCAGCAUGGGAAAGUUUGAGUUUCUUGAAAAGACAACCGCUUCAUAAAGACGCGGAAGAUUUUGGACAUCCCUGUACUCUGUAAUUGGGAAAACUGAAGGCGCUGGAUUAAAAUUACCAUUGGUGAAUGGUGGCCGUUGCCUUGCUGUACGAAGAAACGUGCAAACUAUUCAUUAAUGAUUUGCAUUUGUAAGUGUUAUUCGCCACCGUUUGCGAGGACUGAUAAGAAUGUGUAACGGAAUUGGAACAAAUUAUUAAAAAGAAGGAUAACACAGUGUUUGGACAGUUUCCGUGGCUGCAAAUCUAAAAUAUAGGGCUGCCAGAAAGCUAUAUGAAGCUUAUUCAGUUCUAUAAUAAAAACACAACCGCGUAAAAGGAAUAUGCAUGUUUCAUUUUUAUUAUCCAUGGAGGACAAAGGAAUAUGGUCUUUUUGGCUUAUUUAGUAUAACGUCUUUAUUGAUCAGUGCCAAUACACUCGUGUAAUGCAUGUAAGAAUGGGAUUUUCCAGUUGAAGAAGCGUUUUGCCUGUAUUAAAAUUUCAUCAAUGAAAACUGGAUUUGGUGGUCAUUUUACUCACUGUUGAUGCAAAAAGAAACAUUACUGCCAACCAUAAUUAAUAUGAUGUAAGAAAACAAAGGCAACAUAUGUACAGAAAGGAAUAAUAAUAAUAAAACAGAAAGACGGUAUUUGGUAAGAUGUGUGGUUUAUGUAAUUCGCAUUGUACACAUCCUUUAUGCGUUUAAGUGGAAACUGGCAAGAUAAACGGCGAAAAGCCAUCAUCCUGGGAGGAAUUUUAUUGCUGUUGGAUGAAAAUGUCAUGAAUUGUAUGAAAUGGAAAAGAUGAUUCAUUUGGUCAUUGGCUCUGAGGUCGUCUGCUCCAGAACCUCUGGGUUUACCCGAGCCUACUGCGCCUUCUUACUGGGGUCUGUGGUGCUGGUUUCCGUGGCAACAAGCUCACCUGUAUCCGAUGAACAUCUGAUGGGAUAUAAUGAUUCCACAUCAUCAUACUUGUCAAUUAGGAUCCAAGAGGAAACAUCUGUACCAACGGAUACGCCACACACUGCCUUAACGGCGCACCCAACUGGAGCUCAAGCAAAAACAACAUUACCACAGCUAGACAGUACUUUGGGAGUCCCAUCUAAAUUUGCAGAAGAAAACGGCAGUAAUACACAAAGGACAGGCACCACUGCAUUGAGUCUCUCACCUUUAGUGGAUUCUAGGCCAUUACCUUCCACAGCAUCCUCUGCUUCUUCACCUUCUAUUGGUCCUACCAGUCAACAGAGCAUGUCUAUGUUUACCAAAGGACUUACCGAAUCCCCAGUUCAGUCUGUGGGAUCACUUAAAAGUCCAGUGACAGCUUCAAGUGAACAACUUCAUAUUGCUUCUUCUAGUAUUCCCAGUCAUCGUUUUUUAGGAAUGGUUGGAGAUCCCCCUUUGUUAAGAACAAGUCUUCCAUUAGAACCUUUCUCAGAGUAUUAUUCCAGCACUGUAGAAGCUCCAAGCAAAACACCGGACUUAAGUGAUACAAUAGCAGGUACUAAUAUACCUCAUGAAGGACCAAGUAGCUUAAAACCCCUGAUGCUGUUUGCAAGUUUUGUGCCUUUCCUCAGACCUUACACUAUUUUGGUAACUGAAGAGCUGACUCUAGUUCCAACAAAAGAAUUAUAUCCAGCUGAGUCGAUAGAGACUGAUUUUGGAUCUGGGGAUUAUCUCGAGACAAUGACAUUAAUACGAUCAGAGGUGGAUGAACUCUCGCCUUUUACCAGUUUACCUAUCGACAUGUAUGAUGUGGAGGAAUCCAGCACGGAGGUCUAUGACACAUCGUUCCAUUUAAGGCCUGUUCUGUCGAUGUCUUCGAUGUAUAUUGCAACUGCCGAGUCAGCUUUGGAUUUUUCAAGCAGUUAUGAUGCAGGCCUUAGAACCAUUGAUCCUACAUCUGUUUAUUCCUCCCACAGCCACACUUCGCUGGACUUGAUAAGCCCUCCAGAACAUGACGUCACUGAUAUCGAUUCUUUAUCAGACUGGAAUGACGAACCCUUCCCUUUAGAACCGACUGAGCUUCUUCUACCUGACAUGAAUAGUUUGGAAUAUUAUUCUACUUUACUAGCCAUAGGAAAUGCAAGUUUAUCAAAACAAAAUAACAAUAAUAAUUCGACAGCGCACACAGGCCAUGUGUCAACAGCAUCAAUAAAGGUACCUGGUAUCGUACCCACAGGAUUAUUAGUAACAGACACUAGUCAUCUGUUUACGUCAUUUACCGUUGAAUCAAAUGAUCUGUCUUCUUUGCCUUCCCUUGAAUCAAGCACUCCCACAACAUUGUUACCAAUAGCAGUUUCAUCUUUUGAACCAAGUAGCAGCACUUCAUUUAUAAACUCCACAUUAGACCCAUUCAGUCCUCUAAUGUCAGAGACUUCAAGCCUUAACAUAUCUGAAUUUGUUAAUAUGGAGACUUCAGGCUAUCAUUCAUCCAUGAUUUCUCCACCAAAGACUUCUAUCUUUGACACAACACCCACACCCUCUUUGAAUACAUCAGUGCAUUUGGUGGAGCCUUUGGUGGUGCAGACCCAUGCAGGCGACUUAUCAGCUUCUCUUUGGGACAGCUGGGUGGAAUCUACUGCAGCAAUGGAUCAUUUUGCAUCUUCCAACAAAACAGCUGUUCCUCCUGCAGGGCUGCCAACUUCAGAAGUAGAGACCACACCCGCUACAAGCAGUGCUUUCAAAGAAGAGCCCAUUUUGACUUCAUCUUUUUUCUCUGUUCAACCCACCACACGGCUGCCAGAUAUCUUUUCUAGUUCAAUUUCGGAUGAUGCAACCCCCUUUCUCACUACCCAGAGGUUUGCCCCCUCCUCAGUUGGAUUCCCUGUGAGCAGCAUUUCUGAGAUAUCGGUGUCGGCAACGUCUGUGUACAUUUCUCCUUCUCCCACUGAGCUUACUCCUGUUGUCACUGUUGUACCUGCCCCGUCUCCCCCGCCUGUGACACCCAUGACAAAUCACAGCACUAACAUUGAAACUAAUCCAACGGAAAACACUGUGACUUCAGUAACCGAUUCUAGUACAGUAACCACCAGAAACACAGACUCUGCUUCAGCUACAGCUGCCAUUCCCACCACAACCACAGUUACUAUUUUAAAGUCUACACCCAUCGCUGAUACCACCCCCACAGUGGAAACGACAACAACAACAACAACAACAACAACCACCACCACCACAACAGCCCUGCCUUACCUUUGUGACAUCACCAUGUCAGACUUGUAUAUAGUCAGAUUAGAACUUGCCAAGGGAGCACAGCUGGAGAACGCAAAAGCAUAUAUGAAAGAGGCUCUGAGUGUUCAAUUCAACCGCACAGUUAAACUGCAGGUGCUGAAUUAUCCCCCAGAUCUCACCAUUCUGGUUACCUCAGGUCCUGUUGUCUACACAGCAAUAGCUGUCAUCAAUGCCUUGCAUCCGUCUAUAAGGGAUACCUCUCUCAUUGCCUCUCUUAAUGCAGUAUCUGCAGCACCUGACCACCAGUUCCAGGUUCACACAGUACUUCAGUUUGUCCCCAACCACGUUGACGUGAGGUUUUGUAACUUCAGCGAACGCAUUGAGCAAGGAUUGACAAUGGCAUUCUCAGAAGUACGAAGAAGAUACCAGGAAACGACCAGGUUCACUGUGCACGUCUUAAACAUAACCACAGAUGUGUCUAAUGUGGGGAGACUGCUGAGGAGUCCUGUGGAUAUUACCUUUGCCAUUCAAGAUUCAUUUGGCUUCCUGAGUGGCUCAGACGUGAGCAACCUCAUGAGGAUUUUAAACACGGUGGAGUUCAGCUUCUAUCUGGGCUUUCCAGUGCUACAGAUAGCUGAACCUUUUCACUAUCCAGAGCUCAAUGUGACCCACCUACUGAGGUCAUCGUGGGUCAAAACAGUUGUUCUAGGUGUCUAUGAGCAGGGAGUAAAUGCCAAGAAGUUUCAGGCUGAGAUGGAGCGCAAGUUAGCCCAGCUGCUUGAAGAGGUCCUGGGUCCAAGCAGGCGAUGGAGGAGAGCCACCAACGUGGGAAACAACAGCGUGCAGAUUGUAAAAAUGUCAAGGAUUGAAGGCAGUGACAACCCCCUGGAGUUGAUCUACUUUGUGGAGGGUCAGAAUGGAGAGAGGCUAAAUGCUGUCAGUGCUUCCAGCCUUAUAAACCGGAUUGACCUCCAGAGAGCUGCCAUCGUCCUGGGCUAUCGAGUACAAGGCACACUGGCUCAGCCAGCUGUGGAGAAGAUCAGUGCUCCUUCGUCUGAGACCCAGAACAACAACCUGUGGAUCAUCGUGGGGGUGGUGGUGCCGGUGAUAGUGGUCGUCAUUAUAAUCAUCAUUCUCUACUGGAAGCUCUGCAGGACUGACAAGCUGGAGUUCCAGCCAGACACCAUGAGCAACGUCCAGCAGAGACAGAAGCUCCAGGCCCCCAGUGUGAAAGGGUUUGAUUUCGCUAAGCUGCACCUCGGGCAGCAUAAUAAAGAUGACAUCCUGGUCAUCCAGGAGCCAGCUCCGCUGCCGAUGCCUGUAAAGGAAAUGACUCCGUCAGAGAACGGCGACGUCCCCAGCCCCAGAUCCAAGACCUCUUCAAAACCCUGCAGAGGAGACCGGCGACGAGGCAGAAUUUCCCCGUCUGAUGCUGAGUCUACAGUAAGUGAGCCAUCCAGCGGGAGAGAAUCUGCUGAAGAGUCCAUGAGGGCCUCUGUGACCCAGAGUGAGACCAAACAACAGCGCAAAGUAGCCAAGAAUGGGAAGAAUAAAGUCGGACCACCACAAAGCAAUGGCACAGAAGAACAGCUGUCCUCUGCUUCUAUUUUCGAGCAUGUGGACAGGAUUUCACGGUCUUCAGAAGCCAGCAAGCGCCUUCCGAACAAGAUCCAGCUGAUCGCCAUGCAGCCCAUGCUAGCGCCCCCGAUACACAACCCAGUCGUCACGGAAACCUCCAAAAUAAAUAAAGAGAUUCAGACGGCACUUAGACAUAAGUCAGAGAUUGAACACCAUCGCAAUAAGAUCCGACUGAGAGCCAAGAGAAAAGGGCACUAUGACUUUCCAGUCAUGGAUGACAUUGGAGUCACCGACACAAAGGAGAGCAAGCGGAUCUACGAAAAAGCACAGCUGCAGAUUGACAAGAUCCUGAACCCUGACAACCACGUCCCCUCUGUGUUUAUAGAAUCCAAGAAGAGUUCAAGAGGAAAACGUUCUCCAAAACAGAGAAGGAAGAACCAAAUAAAUGGCAACCUGAUUGACGCAGACAAGGACAGACUCAUAACCACAGACAGCGAUGGGACCUACAGGAGGCCCCCAGGAGUCAACAACGUGGCUUAUGUUUCAGACCCUGACCAGCCUCUGGAGCAGCGAAGCCCCUCCCCUCAGGAGAACGAGGUAUUCUCUACCUCCCCCACACACAGCCCCAUCCCCCCUCCCCCCUCGUACCUGCCCCCGCAGCCCUCCAUCGAGGAGGCCCGGCAGCAGAUGCAUUCCCUCCUGGAUGACGCCUUUGCCCUGGUGGCACCAAACAGCCUCGGAAGCAACGCUGGGAUCACGCUGCCCGGGGUCACAGUCGCCAGCAGGGGCACUGGCACUGGCCAGUGGGGCUCACCUAACACACCUGGCCAGGGGCCCAAUCCUUUCUCAGCACGUUAUGCAGAGCUGGGAAUGUCUCCUCCAUCAGGACUAUUACAAAGCAGACAAGGCCUUGGUCCAGGGUAUCUGCAGUCGGGAGAGCCAGGUCGGCAGGAGCGGCCAGAGAGCUUGUAUUCCAGCAGAGGGGUCUAUGGUGAAGACGUUCCUUCGUCUGCACGGCCUCGACCAGUAGGGGGCACUACAGGUGCACAGCUCCACCACCUAACACAGGUGGGACUGUCCAGUCGGAUCAGCUCCCACCCAGGACAGGUUCUGCCGGGGAGGGCAGCUCCAAGCCAACCAGGGGCCUCUGGGUGGGCUCCCUAUCGGACAGACGAAGAAUUCACAAGAACGGGUCACCACAGGGACCCUAUGCUUGGGUUCCCUGACUACUCCUCGUCCUCAAUGUUCCAGAUGCCCAGGACUGCGCUGAGGGAGCCCCUGGCUCCAGCUGCCCACCUCCAGCACAGUGUUCUGGAACCUGUGGGGGCUGGCUUCCCCUCAGCAACCGCCGAAGAACCCCCGCCAGGCCACUCCUCAGCCUCCCUCAUCAAAGCAAUCCGAGAGGAGCUCAUGCGGCUUUCACAGAAACAGACCACGGUGCAGAGCUUCCACAGCUGAUCUGCCUCCUAUACACAACCAAUCCCUCCUCCCCAACAAGGAAAUGCUUCCCAUGGAAGUUCCCAGUCGCAGAACCGGACCAUACAUGAAGAUAUCUUUAUAGCAGUACUGGAACCAAAGUAGAGGGCAAAACAGGGCAAUACCCAGAUUACAGGUACAUGAUGCCCACCCACCCGUUUGAUAAAUAGGGAUUAUUUUGCUGUAAGUCUGCAGUAGCUGCUCUUCAGCUGCUCACCCAACAAGGUCAUGAGUUCUGCUCCCAGUUUCUGUAGCUGCAACACCAGUGCUAGCUCACAGUCUUUUGAGUCUCGUUUCAUAGAUUUGCUGUGGUGGAAUUCAUCAUUACCUAUGAGUUUGGCAACAGCGGCCAAACUUUUCUUGAAGGCAUCCCCUAGAGUGCAAUGAUGGGGCAAGCUGUCUAACUACAGCUCACUGCUCACUUUCAGGCCUAGGCAGAUGGCCUCCAUAAUGGACAAUGUAGCAAGACCACUGUGUAAUGUGCAUGGUGAUUGGAAUUGUUCAUAUGUUUUGUAUGAUUUUUCUCCGAACUAUACGAUAACUUCACUGCUUCAUAAUGAAUUAAAAAGACAAGUCAGUUUGUUGUUCAAUCCCAAUCUUAUUGUAUACAAUACAGGUUCUACAUAGCUACUGUUGAAAUCUUCCUGAUUUUCCUUGGUGCUAAAAAUCAAGCUGUCCCAACACAAAGAACACAUUGCCUUUCUUCUUAAUGUCUGGGUACCAUGGUAAUGAAACAUCGACAGUCACAAUUAACCUGAAUGUGAUUUCAGACACGAAAAGGUUACAAGGACUCAGUGUCUUUAACUUACUGUAAUUUCUUCUCGAGUAGAUCAGUGUCUAUUAUGCACAGGCCUUCAGCUUACAUACAAUAUAGCACAAUAUAACAUGUUCAUUAUUCAGGUAAAAACAAGAGACUCGACAGCUCUUUGAGUUAUGGUUAUGACGAUGCUGAUCAGGUACCAUAUAAGAGAAAGCGUAUGCCAACUUUGAAGGUAAAAGGGGUUUUAACUUUUGUAUAGAAACCCUGUUUUAACGUCUUAAGCAAUAGUUUCCAACAGUCUUAACAUGUACAAACACUGUUUUAUUUUUACACUGUAGGUCACGUGAUAGUUUUCUCAGCUAUAUUUCACAUGCGUGUCUCACUCAUUACUGUUGCAUAUAGUCUGUUUCUGUUCUUUCUGGAAAAGGUACAUUGGUGUUUUGAAUGGGAAACCCAGAGAUGUAACAGGGGCUGUAAAGUGUUGCAAACUCUUUUAGGAUGCAAACACAAAUGUAUUUAUUUAUUUGUGUCUUUUUUUUAUGAAAUCGUAGCAUUGGUGGAAAUUUCUUUAGAAUCAGUUACAGUGAGAGAAAUAAGAUGAAGAGUAGUGUUUGGGGAUUGUUUUUUUCACUGGCCAUCUGCAUAAAGCCUGUUGGCUAACUAGCAAUUACAUAAUUAUUUCGGCAUGCUGGGCUUUGGUCUGUAGCUAUACCACUUCUCAGAUAAGUGGAAUGAGCUCAUACUGUGCUAUUGAAAUCUGGAAUUGUUGCACUUCUGUGAAACAUGAUAGAAUGCAAACCACUUUUUAUUCAAUUUCUACUGACACUGUAUAUCUGGACAUUUUCAAAAAGCUUUAAAUCAGCAGGCAUACUGGGGAGGUAGUGUAACUGGAUACAGACAUGCCCUUGCACUCAUUGCUAAACGGCACAAAAAGAAGGUAGGAAAGAGAUGAAUAUAUGGAGUACUUUACCAGGAGUAAGCAGCCUGGAUUCCUGUUGCAGUAGACAAAGCUGCAAAGUGUUCAUGCUAAUGUGGACUGGAGGUUCUGGCUUACAGUUGCACAAUGGGAGUGUCUCAGAAAUCCAGUAUAUAGUACAUGUGAAGGGAUAAACCUUCAACUAUAAGUUCAGUCUCAAUGCCGUGAAAUUGUCUCGCAUUCCAUUUCUCCAGGAAACUGCAAUCAGUCAAGUGUUAUAAUUCCUCACAGUUACUAUGGUCCCGUUGUGAACUGGGUAUAAUUGUGAGGCAUUUAGAAUAAAGGUUACCAGAUACUAGCAGUGCAUUUUGUUCAAAUAAGUAGCUAAGGACUAGGUAAGUAAGAUUUGGCAUGUGUAUUUAAAUGUUAAGCAUCUGCUUGUGAGAAUAUAAAUAGUUUGUAAUCAUUGGGUACACAAACUAAUUGAUAGUUGCUUACAUGGGAUCAUUCGUACUUUAAAGACACAAAUAGGAUUGUUACAUUCAAUGUGAGCCCUUAGUCCAGCAUGUGCCUUAUAAUAUUACCACACCUGUGUAAUACUUAAGAUGAUUUGCAACCAAAUAAUACUUAAGAAUCACUUUGCAACCAAACUACCAAUUGCAGUGGUUGAGUUGAGAUUCUAUGGAAAUUGCCACCUCAGUAGUUAAUUAAUGAUGCAAAAGGUUGACCUGAGCAAGUAGAAUUAUAUUUAACUCCAAAUCGUGGUCGUGUCGUCGUAACAUGUUGCGACUGUCACCCAUAACCAUGUACACAUGUGACCAGUGGAAUCACCACCUGCCUGAGAGUAUGGUCCUUUGUUUUCCAUGUGUGAGAUGUUUGUAAAUGUGACUGUUCGUAAGUUUCUCGUUUUGUGAAGGAAAAAGAAAAUGUUGGCAGGUCCAACAGAGGUUUGUUUUAUGAACUGCAUGAUUUAUGAAUAUUAGGUUUUAAUUAUUUACAAUAUGUAUGAUGUGCAUGUCAAAAAUAAAUAAGUUAAAAAAAAAAAAAAAGACAGCUCAGCAGAGAUUCAUGUUUAAAUUUAAGAAAUUAAAAAAAAAAAACAUAGAGUAAAGCCUCAUGUAAAAAUGCACAAGAUUUUUAAGAGAUGUAUCUGUAGUUCUGCAUUGUAGCUGCCAGGAACCUGGCGUGCUCAUAUGUAAAUGAAAUGCAGUAUUAUAAUGCAAUGAAUAAUCACAGUCAGAACCCACGGAGGUGAUGUGGAAACAUUUACUGAAUGAUUAUUACUGUUUUACUAGGCUUAAACAUGCUAGCAGAAGCUCACUCUGGCUAAAUUACUUACUGUUCCUCGUCAUAAUAGGAGAAUACAGGUGACCCAAUUUCUAUAUUAACAGAAAAGAAAAUAUCAUAAAGUUUUGUGUGUGGGAAGUACAGUACAUACCCUGACUGGACAACUUAUGUUUUAUUCCAGUGUUUUACACUAGUUCCUUAUUAUGAAGGCAACCAGAAGUGACUUCUAAUAAUAAGCUGAGAAUAUUGAAUUCCAUCUUCGGGGGUAGAAUGGAUAUUGUGUGUGAAAAAGAUACAUCACUCUUGAAUGUGGGUUGCAAAGUAUUUUGCUGCUGGGCUUUACUGAGUGUGUUCAGCCGUAUUCAGAGCCCUUACAUUCCAUAUCUAUUAAACACCCGACACAAGGAGUUCAUUUUUAGGAUAAGCAUAUAGAAGGACCAAAAAUACAUCUUAUGCAUGUAAUAAAGGGUACAAUAGAUUAGUGACAUUUGUGCGCUGUAAACAUGACUCUCAUUGUCAGCUUUUAUAAGAAAGAGAGGAAUUAACCCACAAAAGAUGAACCUGUAAUAAUGUAUUUAAAUGGUUUUCCUUCUUGCCAUUUGUCAUUGCAAAGGUAACUCUGCUUAGCACCAUUAUGAAAAAUAAUUACUGUUUUUUCUUUUUUUGGGGGGGGGGGGGGGAGUUUGUUCAAAAACAGAAUGGGUUUUUAUUGUAUACAGUAAUGAAAUAUGAACACUGUGUAGCACAAGGAUACAUUGAAUUACCAGUAUGGUGGAAUACAAUAUACACCUUGACAUUGCAGUAAUGUAUUAUAUCAUGGUCAACAUUUGAAUAUUAUAGAAUACAGUUACACAUAUGGGUGUAACACAACCAGGGUAAUACAAAGGAAAAGUGCACACAAAUCAAUAUAAAAUGCACACAUCUUGUCAAACACAGGGAGAAAUACAGUAUUUAUAAUGAUCAGCGCUGAAGGUUAAGUGACUCUUUCUUAAUUUCCUCUGCUUAACAUUUAAAAUAUAUAUUUUUACAUGGAUACUGUACCUGCAAAGUCGUCUACACAUACUGCAUUCAUUAAGAGAUCCAAUGACAAAUCCAGGAAUUACAUUAGCCAUGUACCAGCUUGUAAUCUACUUCAGGAAUCAAGUCACCAGUCGAAUGCUUUAAAAUACCUUAUAUUGUGUUUAUGUACAGUAUGCAGCAACACAUUCAUUCUAAAUCCAAAUUUGAAUUACAGUAGUAAAUCAAAAAUGCACAACCUGUUUCUGUUUCUGACUGUUGUGUGUAUGGACUGCCUAACAUUAAAAGUCUAGUAAAACAAUACCUUAUUUCCAAAAAACCACUCUGUAUAUAGCUUCCUUUCAUAUGGUAUUUGCCUGUCAUCACUUUUAACAUUUUGUACAUCACUGUUGCAUUUAGAAUGACAAGGUUUGACAUGGAAAAUGUAGAUGUUCAGUAUUACAGUAAACAUGUGAAUAUGUGUCUUCUGGUUUUGAAAAAAAAAAAAGUUUUUUGAAAUUAUGGACUUUGUGUCUUCUACUUGGAAUAGCUAAAGCACACAUUGCUUGGAAGGGCUGUGCUGGUCAACAAGCAAAAUCUCAAGCAAAAAAAAACAAACAAACAUAUGUUUCAAUUAUAAGCUGUGGAAGUCAAAGGAAAACCAUGUCAGGCCUUACAAUGUAUACAGUACUUAAAACAAUAACACUAGCAAGUUCAGGCAGCUCCACCAGGUAACAUCUCCAUUUUCAUUUCAGGUUAGGUCGGGUUAAUGUUAGGGUCAGGGUUUCGUUUUAGAUUUGGGGUUUAGGGUUAGGGUUAGGGUUAGGAUUAGGGAUUAGGUUUAGGGUUUGGGUUAACGUUAAGGUUAGGGUUAGGUCGGUUUAGGGUUAUGAUUAGGGUAGGGUUAGAGUUAGGUUGGAUUAGGAUUAGGGUUGACACUGGUAAUCAAUUCCAUUAUAAUUGUAAUAUUUUUGUACCAUUGUGUGGCCAUUUCUGAUAAUACUGUGGUCUGCUUUUGACUCUGGUGUAGCUUCUUCAGGGUAAUAUACUGGUGUUAUCUAUCUGGCCUAAUGAUGCAUUGUUUAUUUAUCUAGGUACUACUAGACAAACAGUUAGGUAAAUAACCCGCUGGCCUCAUUUUGAAGUUGGAGUGUUUUGUUUGUUGACUAGCUGUCACCACAGGCCUACAGGCAUUGCUCAUACACCACUAGCUCAGCUAGAACCUGGCAGCUGUCUGGCUCUUGACAGGCUCUGUUCUUUGGAACUCAUUUUGCUUUUAUUAGCAAAGUAAUUCCUGGUGCUUUAACAUUUUAUAUAGCCUUUUUACAAAGUGAAAGCUAUUCUUGUAUUCUGCUCUACACUGACACUUUGUCACAAAGAGGACAUCUUAAAAGACUGGAACCUCCAUAUUUUAUCAGUAUAUGCUUCCAUGUGUGGACUCUACGCCUCAUGCAGUAUCUUCUUUCUUGUAAAAUAAAACAUGUUGCUAGCUGCAUUU